AUGACUCCGCCCCUCUUGCCGCUGGGAAACCUGUCCCUUUUAUAAGAUUACGUUUACGUCAGCCCGCUCUACGUAGUUUUGCGUCAUCAGUACAAGGCGGAGAGGCGGGACUUCCUGUCCCUGGUGCUAACAGCUUCCGAGAGAAGCCGGAAGAGUCCCGAUCCUGGACAGAAUCCGGAGUUGCCAGCCCCUCCCCCGGCCUCUACGGAAAGAAGAGCCCAGGGACCGUCCUGGCGAAGUCAAAACAUUUAUCCUGGCCUUGUCAGUGUGCACCCGGCCAUGGAGCUCUCUGAUGUCUCCCUCAUUGAGGGUGUGGGUAAUGAGGUGAUGGUGGUGGCAGGUGUGGUGGUGCUGAUUCUAGCCUUGGUCCUAGCUUGGCUCUCUACCUACGUAGCAGACAGCAGCAGCAACCAUCUCCUGGGCAGUAUUGUGGCAGCAGGCGACACAUCUGUCCUCCACCUGGGGCAUGUGGACCAGCUGGUAGGCCAAGGCACUCCAGAGCCAACUGAACUCCCCCAUCCGUCAGAGGGUAAUGAUGAGAAAGCUGAAGAGACCAGUGACAACGGGGGAGACCCCACUGGGGAACCUGGAGCUAGGGGAGAUACGGAGCCCAGCCUUGAGCAUUUCCUUGACAUUCAAGGCCUGUCUAAAAGACAAACAGGCCUGGAGAACAGUGGUCCAGAAGCUCCACUGGGAUUGGAGGAUAGCACCUGCCUCUCUCCUAGCCCCAGCCUCAUCAAUGUGCGGCUCAAGUUCCUCAAUGACACUGAGGAGCUGGCUGUGGCCAGGCCAGAGGACACUGUGGGUGCCCUAAAGAGCAAAUACUUCCCUGGACAAGAGAGCCAGAUGAAACUGAUUUACCAGGGCCGGCUGCUGCAGGACCCAGCGUGCACUCUGCGUUCCCUGAACAUUACUGACAACUGUGUGAUACACUGCCACCGCUCACCUCCUGGGGCAGCUGUUCCUGGCCCCUCGGCCUCUUUGCCCCCCUCAGCUACUGAGCCAUCCAGCCUCGGUGUCAACGUGGGCAGCCUCAUGGUGCCUGUGUUUGUGGUGCUCUUGGGUGUGGUCUGGUACUUCCGUAUCAAUUAUCGCCAGUUCUUCACAGCACCUGCCACUGUCUCCUUGGUGGGAGUCACGGUCUUCUUCAGCUUCCUAGUAUUUGGGAUGUAUGGACGAUAAGGACAGGAAGAAAAUGAAAGGCAUGGUCUUCUUCCUUUAUGGCCUCCCCCCUUUCCUGGCCAGAGCUGGGCCCAAGGGCCUGGGAGGGAUAUGAUAGGUACCCUGUCCAUAGGACAGAGGAGGCAGGUACAUGGCUCCCUUCAUAUCCACAGGGUAGACAUUCCCUCUGUGCAAGCACAACUCAGGUAGAAACAAGGAUGUCAUUUUCCCUUUUUUGGAGUCCUGAAGUUUAAAGCCAAAGGCUACUAAGUUCAGUGAGACACCUCGACUCUGGGGAUUCCCUCCCAACUGUGGCCCUAGCUCUUUCCAGUGUCCUGCAUGUCCACUCCCUAGCCCCUAGGGUUGUCUGUAUGGACAGCUCAGCAUGGCCUCAGCACACUUCUGCCAGGAGCUCAGUGUCCUUCCACUCCUUAGUUGAGUGUGGAAUUUUGAAACUAGUAUUUGGGCAGGAAUGAAGACUGUGCCAGCUUUCCCUACAGGCAUUCACCUGCCACCACCUCCUUGUACCCCAUGUAGCAGGAAUAGGGUUUCCCCUCUUUCAAAGCACUUUGCUUGCUCUUUUUUCUAAAUAGCUUUUUACAGAGUUCAGUCAGGAAGGGGAUUGGGGCAAAAGGCCAAACCCCCAGCAUUGAGAGGGACUAGGUCACAGCUGCUACUAAUCUAGGUCUAAGGCUAUAAGAGAGCACUGGCCCUCAGCAAGUGUCCUGCCCAGCUCAAAGAAGUUCUGGGUAUAGGUGCCCUAAGCCCUUGCUUCUGGGACUGUUAGAUGGUCAGUGUAUGUGAAUAAAAUUCCAUCUUGUGGC